AUGACGAACGGUCAAACGGCGUUAAAGACGGAUAGUAAUGCAACAAAGGGUGGCAAUACUAAAGCUGACGAUAAAGUUGGGGUAACGCAAGAAAAGGGUAACAGUCUGAAUGGAGCAGCCAAUGCGAACAUGAAAAGUGUUCAUGUUGAUGAUGAUGAGUUCAUGCAGGAGAGUAAAACGAAGCCAAUCGUAACAACGACGAAUCUGGUGGCCGAUCGACCGUUUCAGCGAAGUGCAGCAAGUAUUCACAACGAAACCGAUCCGCUUGGUCGUGUUCGACGAGAACUUUCGGAAGUGCUGACAAAAUUAGGUGAAAAACCGUCCGAAGCAGAGAGUGUGGACGUGUUCCUUGAAGACGCAUCCAGAGUGUUAUGUAAACGAUGGAAAGCUCGCGAUAAAACAUCCGAAAUUGCCUUUCAGGGUAUGACGAUAAUAUUGGAGUUUUGUUUAUCAUUCACGAUGCAGCACGAUGCACCAUUCGAAUGUUUCGUUUCGUUGCUCGGUUAUAAUUCAGUUGCGUUUUGGCGUUUAGCAAUACCACUGAUCUACGACUCAGAUCUGUCAUCUGGCACACAUUUCCGUGAUGCUCUUCUCUUUUCGUUGGCUUUGUACGAUAUCAAUAAUGGCAAAAAUCGUUUAAGAGAACUGUAUGCAGCUGUACCGGGUGUUCGACAAAGUAUGUUGGGUAUACAUGCGAAGCGAUUCGGUGAAAAAUAUCGUCAUCUUCAGAUGGUGAGAAGCAGAGCGAGUUCACGUGUGUCAAGUAGACGUGGUUCAAUGGAGAACCUUUUAGACAUUUCGGGAGGAGAGGAUUUAUCUGGUGGUGGUGGUGGGCUAAGUCAAGGACAAGGAGGCGCAGAGAAUGAAGAAGCAGUUGGGGAUGGCUUAACAGAUGCUUUGGCUGCUGGUGGACUCACUGAUACUACGCAUCACAAGCAACGGGUAAUAAAUGUCUCGAACGCACCACCAGUUUCGCUGACUCGUAAAGGAAGUGGUUGCUGGGAGAUCAAGCAAGGCAGUGGUGGUCUAGUGGCGUGUGUUGAUCCGGUGAUGAGUGUUGAUAAAGAGAAUAUAUGGCUGGCGAAUCUGGGUGUGAACGUUCAGAAUACUCUGGCUGAUGGUGUCUCUGAUUCUGAACAAGACUUGGUACCACCGUCAACAAAUUCACUCGGUCUUCCAUUGAUACGUCAAGCGAAGGCCGGUGAAAUAUUUCACGUGCUCGAAAAAGAUGAUCCAAAAGCGGUGAAUUUGACGGAAAACGAACGGGACGUAGAAAGAGAUAUGUCAUUGCUGUCAGUGUUACAUGAUUACAAUCGGACGAAUUAUCAACUGAAUCCGGUGAUCGUCAAUCAAGAGGAUUACAACACUUACUAUGGUGGCAUUAGCAACGGUCUUCUAUGGCCAGCUUUGCACAAUCUUUCCGAAUAUAUCGUCAAGGAUUAUGAUGAUCCAGCGAUACUGCGUGAACAUUGGUGCGCGUAUGUUCGUGUGAAUUAUCAGUUCGGUAUAAAUGCCGUACGAAACAGUCGUCCGCAGGAUUUUAUUUGGAUUCACGAUUAUCAUCUCAUUCUUACAGGACAAAUGAUGCGAAGUCUUGAUUGUAAUCUUGAGGUUGGUUUCUUCUUGCAUAUACCAUUUCAACCACCAGAUAAUUGGAUGACGAAAUAUCGUAUUGUUGCUGAGCCGGUUAUGCGUGCACUACUUCGUUUCACCAAGGUUGGUUUUCAAACGCAUCGUGAUCGUGCGAAAUACGUGGAAUUGAUUAAGAAGCACAUUUCGCGUGUACGAAUCCAGUAUGAAAGCACUGUGGAUAUUUUUAUGAUCACCCACGAGGGUUUCACUUGUUCUUUGGGCGUUUUUCCGGUUUCAAUCAAAAACGAAGAUUUCCUAUCUAUCGUACGCAAUCCUGAAACGACCAUUCUUGCGCAGGAUAUUCGUAAAAAUCUUUUAUCGGCUGGCUCAGAAGAAGGAUGCAUCUUUUUCUCAGUGGAACGUUUCGACUAUACGAAAGGUAUCAUGGAGAAGCUCGAGGCAUGGCAACGAUAUCUGGAAAAGCAUCCCGAGCGAGUGGGAUUGGACGUGCUAUUUCAAGUGGCUGUCACAAAUCGACGUUCUGUUGAAUCGUACCGUCUCUAUCAGGACACGUGUAUCAGUAAGGCUGAUCAAAUCAACAAACAUUUCAAAGCUGCCAAAUAUCCGAACUGGCGUCCCAUUAAGUUCGAAACUGAAGGUUUACCACGUCCAAAAUUGAUAGCGCAUUAUUUGGCGAUGGACGUUGGUGUGGUAACGCCGAAGAAGGACGGCAUGAAUUUAGUGGCGAAAGAGAUGGUAAUUUGCAAUCCGAGUGCUGCUUUGAUACUGUCAACUGGAGCUGGUACUGAGGUGCAGUUGGACGAUGCGGGCUUCUAUGGAGAAGAUCAACAGUGUUAUUUUAGGGUGACUGAAAUUGGUGAUGUUGAGGAAUUUGCUGAUGCAUUCUAUAAAGCAGCAACGGAAACGUUGGACGUACGUCAAGAGCACGGCAAACGUCUAAAUCAGUUUUUGAUAGUACACGAUAUAGACGAGUGGAGUACGGCUUUCCUGGAUCCAUCGUGGACUCAUGAAGUUAUUCGACCAACUGAGCUGAAACUUCUGGCCGAUUUUUAUCAUUUAAUGGAUAAGACGUGUCAAGUGAGACGACAGAUAGCAGAACGUGUUCUCAAAGGUUUCGCAAUACGACCGCAUUUCGGUGUGUCACUCGAAAAUGCUAAGUCUUCGCUAGAAAAUUCAUGCCUGACGGGAACGCAUAAACUGGUACUAGAAACGGAUUCUGGCGCAGAUGAUUCAGACGAAGGUGCUGAUGGGCAUCUAUCGGCAAAAUUCGAUAUUUCAAAUGAAAUCGAAGAGCUGGAAAAAGAUUUGGAAUUUUUGAAAUUCAUUCAGAGCGAUGAGAUCAAUAAUGUGGAGCAGUUUGUUGCGACUUUGGGCAGAUUCCAUCCGUCAGGUCCGGAUGCAUUUCAAGAGGAAGUCGAAAAAGCGUUCGGAUUACUCUCAGAAGGUGAUCAUUUCGAUUAUUUGUUCACUGAUCGUGAUGGUACACUCAAAUCAUAUUCGUGCUCAUAUCCGGCCAGUAUUCAACCGGCAUAUUCGGCCGUUAUUCAGGCGCAAUUCGCACGUCGUUGUGCACAGUUUUGUGCGAUUGUCACGACGUCACCGCUGAUGCAUAUUGGUAUUCUGAAUGUGAGCACGAUGCCUGAGGGUUAUUAUGCGUAUGCGGCAUCAGGAGGUCGUGAAUGGUACAUGAAUCCCGCGAUGCAGUUCAAAGAUGACACUAUAAAUGAAGAGGAUCUUGCCUUGUUGAACAGCGUCUUUGAAAGGAUGGAAGAAUUGUUGGAACAACAGGAAUAUCGAAAUUUCACGUGGAUAGGAUCAGGUCUACAAAAGCACUUUGGUCAUAUAACGAUUGCUCGCCAAGAUGUAAAUCAUUCUGUACCCAGACAUCGAUCUGCUUUACUUUAUAAAGCCGUAAGUAAAAUCGUUAAUGAAGUUGAUCCAACCGGUUCAACAUUGACCCUUCGUGAGAGCGAUUAUGAUUUAAAGAUAUACACCAAAGCGAAAUUAUCGGGACGUAUUUUCAAUAAAGGACAUGGAAUACGUUUGAUAGAGCGUAAAAUGGGUCUGAAAAUGAAUCAAGAAGGACGAAUUUUGGUAUGUGGUGAUUCAGAGACGGAUUUGCCGAUGCUUGAGGAGUGCUUGGCAUGCUCACCGAAGAAUGUGUUCACGAUUUGGGUGACUGCUAAUCCGCAAUUGCAAAAGAAAGUUCGAGACGCUUGUGCCGCAUAUGGCAAUGAUCACUUUGUGUUUGUUUCAUGUCCUGAGGUUUUGUUGGGCGCAAUGGCCAACGCGACGGUACGUGAACUAACAAUUCGACCACAGUAUGCAGAUGGAGAAGACGAAUGA